AUGAUUAGUUACAUGGCGGAGUUAUCGUUGUUGAUGAGCCAUAUGAGUUGUGGGAAGUCGAUAAAAGAACACCCUGCAGUGUUCAGAGCUUCCAAACAUAGAACGAUUUUGGAGCGAUUGCGACCUAUAGAGCAGAAGAUGAAGUCUCAGAUUGAUAAGUUGUCGCAGACCGCCUUAAACAAUGGGGCAAAACAAACCUUGCGAGCACGACCUGAACAAAUGGAGUUUGACGAUGAUGAAGCGGAAUCAGAUGAAGAGGAAGAAGGUGGAAAUCAACCUAAAAAGAAGGAGAAAAAGUAUGUUCCGCCGAAAAUGGUGGCAGUGAGAUACGAAGAGGAAGAGAACGAGAAAGAGACAAAAGCAAUGGAGAGAGCGAAGCGGCGCGCUCUACAAAGCAGUCUCGUACAAGAACUUCGACAGCAGUAUAGUGAUGCUCCAGAAGAAUUCCGGGUAAGUAGCGACUAUAACUAUUGAUC